AUGAAGUUCUCUCAAGCUUCUCUUUUGGCGGCUUGUCUGCCUGCCGUAUCGGCUCGUUUCAUUGAAAUCGCCGAGGCCGACAACAUUGUUCUUCAGCCAGACGAGCUGUUUCUCGUCGAGACCGCUCCUGGCAAGACACAAUGGAUUACUGAGGAGGAGAAGUGGGAGAUGCGUCGUAACGGCCAGAACUUCAUGGACAUCACCGAGACGACUACGCUUGGCUCCAAGGGCAUCAACGCCGAAAGCACUGUCACUUUUCCUAAGAAAUGCGUAAAGCAAGACGAGGUCGCAAAGCUCUCCAAGAAGCUCGAAAAGAAGAACAUGGAGGCCAACCUCGAGAAGUUGACCAGCUUUCACACCCGAUACUUCAAGUCCGAUUACGGCCUCCAGUCUUCUGACUGGGUUCUUGAGAAGGUCAACCAGAUCAUCAAGGAUGCUGGUGCCGAAGAUACCGUGUUCGCUGAGAGCUUUCCUCACACAUGGAAGCAGCACUCCGUUAUCGCCACCAUUCCUGGUCAAUCCAACAGCACCGUUGUAAUUGGCGCCCACCAGGACUCCAUCAACCUUUUCCUUCCUUCCAUUCUCGCUGCCCCUGGUGCCGACGAUGAUGGUAGCGGUUCAGUCACCAUCAUGGAGGUGUUCCGUGCUCUCCUGAACUCCAAGGAUGUUGUCAAGGGCAAGGCUCCCAACACAAUUGAGUUCCACUGGUACUCGGCUGAGGAGGGUGGUUUGCUCGGAAGCCAGGCUAUCUUCAAGUCAUACGAGGAGACUGACCGUGAUGUCAAGGCUAUGCUACAGCAGGACAUGACUGGUUAUGUCCAGAAGACUCUCGACGCCGGCCAGCCCGAAAGUGUCGGUGUCAUCACCGAUUUUGUUGACUCCGGCUUGACCACCUUUAUCAAGACCGUUGUUGAGGAGUACUGCGACAUUCCUUGGGUUGAGACCAAGUGUGGAUACGCCUGCUCCGACCACGCUUCUGCCUCCAAGGCCGGCUACCCAUCAGCUUUCGUCAUUGAAUCUGCCUUCGAGUACUCCGACCCUCACAUCCACAGCACUGAUGACAACAUCAAGUAUCUGUCUUUUGACCACAUGCUUCAGCAUGCCCGCAUGACACUUGGUCUUGUUUAUGAGCUCGGCUUUUAUGAAUUUGAUGGAAAGUCCGAGGACAAGUGGAGCGAUCUUUAG